AUGAGAAAGUUUGUGACAGGUGUGUCAGGCUUAGUACUGAAAGAAUGCCACACUGCUAUAUUGAACAAUGAAAUGAAUUUGUCUAGGCUGAUGAUCUAUGCGCAGCAAAUAAAGAAGGAUAAUAGAAGGGAAAGAUAUAGAGCGAGAGCACUCUCAUCUUCUAGUACCCCAGUUCCUAGAGGUAGGCUAGUGCAGGGAAACAAGUCUUCUAUGUCCAGGCCUCAGCAGAGUGUGAGCAGCAAGCCGAACUUUUCUCCUUGUUCCAAGUAUAGUAGGACCCAUUCGGGUGAGUGUUUGGUUGAAAAGCGUGGUUGUUUUGAGUAUGGAAAGAUAGGCCACAGGCUUAGAGAGUGCCCACAUGCCAGGCAGGAAAGUAGAGAUACCCAGCCCCAGACCCAGGCCACUAGUGCAUCAGCUUCUGCAGCCCAUCCAGCUCGUCCUCAGGGCGCUUCUUCUAGUAUUGCUGGAAGUCAGUGCCAAAAUAGGUUCUAUCCUACCUUCCUGGCAUGA